CCUGUCGCUUUCUGCUGCGGAGAGACUGACGCCCUCUGGACGCAGUGGACACUUGAGCGGCGGCAGAACACCAUCCUGGAGAAGUUCAAAGAGAAAACAGCCGCACUCCCUCUCAAGAAGAAACGUCGCGAGCUCGUCAACAGCGUUGUGGUGUUUUCCAGUGCCGUGCUGGUGAGCCGUCAGGAUGAGGCCUGGUGAGCUGAUCCUCCCCGCCGCCGCCGCUCUCCUCUUCCUCCUGUCAGGGCUGUCUGUGACCUCCGGCUGCAACAAAGCCCUCUGCGCGAGCGACGUCAGCAAGUGUCUCAUCCAGGAGCUGUGCCAGUGCCGUCCGUCUGAUGGGAACUGCUCGUGCUGUAAAGAGUGCAUGCUCUGUCUGGGGAACCUGUGGGAAGAGUGCUGCGACUGCGUGGGGAUGUGUAACCCAAAGAACUACAGCGACUCCCCGGCCACGUCGAAGAGCACCGUGGAGGAGCUGCACCGUCCGAUCCCCUCGCUGUUCCGCGCCCUCACGGAAGGCGACGCGCCGAUCAACAUGAUGGUGGUGUCCUUCCCCGUCGCCGAGGAGCUCUCCCACCACGAGAACCUGGUGUCCUUCCUGGAGUCGCUCGACAACCAGCCCCAGAAUGUCUCCGUGCCUGGCAACAGCAUCCACGCCAGCUACGACACGCAAGAAAACAUGUGCACAGUGGUCUACUUUGACGACUGCGUGUCUAUCCGUCAGUGUAAACUAUACUGUGAGUCAAUGGGAGGAUCCAAGUACCGCUGGUUUCACAACGCCUGCUGCCAGUGCAUCGGACCUGAGUGCGUGGACUACGGCAGCAAGGCCGUGAAGUGCAUGAACUGUCUCUUCUGAAGUGCGGGCACACAUGGGCACCAAAUGUCUGGGCCAUACCAGAGGACUGAGGGCAGAGGACGGUUUUGUGUUAGCAUUCCUCAGUUACCUUGUAAAAUACCCCCUACACCACUCCUUUACCCCUGCAAAUUGUUUUUAUUCUGCUGUUAUGUUUCACUGUAUAUUUUUAGAUAUGUUUUCAAUAGUGUUUUUUACUAGAGGUGUAUAUGAAUAAUGUAUUUUUACAAUUAUGGUCUGCUAAAUCCCAGUCUCAUGCCAAAUAAAGAAAAGUUUGGUGACA